AUGGCAACCCUCCAGUUUGUGACAACCCAGCGUGGUCAUCGUCCUUGUCAAGUCAUCCUUGAUGGCUACAUCUACCUUCUCGACAUGAAACUUGGGCAGAAGACCUACUGGCGAUGCGAAGACAGAACCUGCACCUCCAGACUGCACAGCGUAGGUGACGUCAUUGUGAGGCCGCCAUCCGAGCAUUAUCCCCAUGCACCAUCAUCAAGUCGCGUCACUAAGGUGAUGUCUGAUGUUCGCCGGUUAGCCCUUGUUUCUGAGAGUUCCACACGCAACAUCAUAGUUCGUCGCAAGCGACAGCGACAACUAGGUGAUGAAGACGACGAAGAUGGCCUGUGCAUCAUUCCUCGGCGUCUACAGUGCACCACCGACGGUCAGAGCUUCCUGAAUCAUUCUGGGGAAAAUCUUGCCUUCGCAUCUGAGCGAGCAUUGUCCUUCCUUGCUGCAGCUGAUCAUUGUCCGCAGUACCAGCGUACCGUUGCUGGCCUCCUUAGAACCAACAAUUCCGUGGAGGGAUGGCACAACGCCUUCAGCAGCUCUGUGAACAAAGCCCAUCCUUCGGUGCGAACCCUGGCUCUGAAGCUUCAACGAGAAGAAGCUUCUGCAACAGCUCUAUCGGAGCGCCUUGGGGCUGGGCAUCAGCUUCCAAUGCACCAGAAGAAAUCACCUGUCGAACGGCAGAGUGAAAAUUGUCGUUUCUGGUCGGCAAAUGAGUUCGGCGAGUCAAGCGGUCACCGGACUCACCGGACGGAUGGGGAAGGCGGAUCUGGUAGGGUGUUGGCUGGAUUGGCUUCUUUCGAGGGUAUGAUGAAGAGAUCCGGCCACGCGUGGCGGGGCCGGAUCGGGGGUGGACAUCCGGCCAGAGGUGGAAUCUUGACUGGUGAGAGAAGCUCUGUCCGUGUUCGGGGCAGGGGUGGAGGCUGGGCCGAAGUCCCGGCCAUCCUUCAGACUUUCUCGAGAGCGAGCGAGCAGACGGAGGAGGAAAAAGGGGUGCGGAAGGCGCGACGGAUCCCAGUGACUCGGCGACCGCCGGCAUGUGAGCGUCGCGCGAGGAGAGCUCUUCCGGGUCCCCGCCGAUUCCGUCAUGGACUCGAAUCCGACGGCAGAUACGCCGAAUCCAACAUUCUCAUCGUGGAGGGCUACCUAAAAAAGCAAUUAAUGAGCUUCGGAUCUCCGGGUGCAGGACUGGAGAUAACGUACUUCCACGUGCCAAGCGCAGUGCAGAACGGAUCGGAGGCGGUACUGGUCUGCGACUACUCCUACAUGGACCACGAAAAGGACUCCCUCCGGGUCCAGUGGUACUUCCGCCAACAGAACGGCGGGGAAGCAGAUGGGGAGCUCGUCUACGAGUGGCUGGGACCAGACGGCGGACUUCCCAGGGCCGUCGGAGUCUUGGAGGGCAAAAUCGACCUUCAGCACGAUGCCUCGCUCGAUCCCUAUAAGAUGCACAGCGAUCUGAAAAUCCUGUCUGAGAAUCUGCAUCUCGGUCUGUCGGGGGAUUUCACGUGUCUCGUCGCAUCUGAGUUUGCCAACGACUCUCGUACCGGAUCCCUUCUUGUCUACGCCCCAACUCGUCGCUUGCUCUUCACGAAGGUCAGUGAAGAGAAUGGAACCGUGACAGUUCGUUGCCUGGCCGACGGAAUGCAACCCGAACCCACAAUGGACAUCUUUCUCUCCCUAGACGAGAACAGGACGCGGAUCCCGACACACGUGGAGACCACGUGGAGCAAGGAUGGCUUGUUCGGGAUGGAAUCGGAGACGACGGUGACAUUGCCGUCCUCCUACGACCCCCUCGGCCCAGCCGCCUCCAUCCAGUGCAUGAUCAAAAUCCCCGAAGCCAAAUACACCACCUCCAGGUUCAUCGAACUCAGCUCUGGACCUGAGUAUGGUUCGGGGAUGGAAGACGCCCGACUUCAACAAGGAGACGAAGAUCGUUAUUUUCAAGCCUUACCCGACCUCAUCGUCGAUCGCCGAACAAUUGGGAGGAAUGGAAGUGGAGGAAGAGAGGCAAACAAAAUUUGCUGGUCCUUACUCAUUGGUUUUGUGUACCUGAUCUCUGUUUGCUGAUUUUAAACCUGUGGCAAUC